AAUGAGCGCUGCAGUACGGUUUUUAAAUCCACCACGCUCGUACAAUGGUCUGAUGUUUGUCGUUGCUGAAGCAGCCUCCGGUGGACGCAGAGGGCAAAUUCAGUCUCCCCGUCCUCUCUGGAUUUUAUUUUCGAAAUUGACAUGGCAAAAGGGAAGAAAAAUGUGCUGACAACCGAGGACUCUGUUGAACGUAAAGCUUCUUCACGUAAAGAGACAAAGGAAAACAAACCUGCAACUAACAAGGAUUGCAAAGGUAAAGUGCAGUCAGUUAUCCAGAGUGUACGGAGUCCCAGUAAACCUCGAUCCCCUCUGAGCGACAGUUCAAGCAUGCUGAUCCAGGAAGGCAACGAAUCGGAUGCAAAUAACCCUGAUGUGUCAAAGCCAAAAAAAGACGUACCUAAUGAAAUAAAAGCGGAGAGUUGUGAAUCCAAAGAUCAGAACCCUGAAGCGGCAUGUCAAAGUCAGGGGGUGAGAGAACAAGCUGAAGACCAACUUGAGCGAAAAGAGUCCACAGCGCACGCUAAUGUCAGGCCGGCAGCAUCCAAAACUCAGAGUAGAACUGGUCCCAAAUUCAGAGCAAAAAAAACAGAAAACAAAUCUUCCCAAAACAGAAAGGUCACAGACUAUUAUCCCAUCAGACGGAGCAACAGAAAAACUAAGACAGAGUUAAAGAGUGAAGAACACAGAUUCAUUGAUGAUGUGAUCAAGAGUGGCAUUGAAGAAGGAAUGCAGAUCAAAAACAUAGAAGGAAAAGGAAGAGGGGUAUUUGCUGCCAAGGGCUUCAAAAAGGGAGAGUUUAUCGUGGAGUACCAUGGAGACCUUCUGGAACUGGCUGAGGCUAAACAGAGAGAGGCCCAGUACGCUCAGGAUCCUCAGACCGGCUGUUACAUGUACUACUUCCAGUACCAAUGUAAAACCUACUGUGUGGACGCUACAAAGGAAUCUGGCCGUCUUGGAAGACUGAUCAACCACAGUAAAACCGGCAACUGCCAAACAAAGCUUCACCCCAUCGAUGGAACCCCUCAUCUGAUCUUGGUGGCCUCCAGAGACAUCGACGCAGAGGAGGAGCUGCUGUACGACUACGGCGAUCGGAGCAAAGCCUCCGUCAUGGCUCACCCGUGGCUCAAAUACUGAACCCCCGGCUGCAGGUGCUCAUAUUUCAAAUGAAUCGGUGCUCUCUGCUGUCCUCUACAUGUAAAAUAUGCUAUAGAUGAACAGCCCUCCACAAUGUUUUAUAAGUAUGAAAAUGAUUUUGUUUUAAAUGGAGGCUAAAGCUUCAACACAUGAAAAGUGUAUUUUUUUCCAACCAUUGUUUUUUAUGAUGCUUUUAUAUAUAUAUUUUUUUUAAAUUGAACUGUUGCAGAUUGAUGCAAGCUUGAGGAGUGUUUCUCUUGGAUAAGUAAUGUUACACAUUGUCCGUGGGGUUUCCUUUUGUAAUGAAUAUAUUGAUGAUUCACUUUCACUAUUGUAAAUUAUUACCUUUGCUGUAAAUUCAGGAAUAAAACACUGUUGACACUGAGUUUCUUUUCUA